GAGUGACAAUUUCCUUUAGCGAGACCAGCUUCUGUCUCGCUUAAUGCGAGACACGCAGCCAGCCCCUACCGGAGAGACACAUCGAGGCGUCGAGCCAGCCGCUCGCUUCCCCGCCCGACCUCCCGAUUUCGCCGUCUCCCCGCUCGCCGGACGCUCAGAGCCGCAGCCUCUCCGUCCCGCCCGCUCGGCGUUUGGGGCUCGGCAGCAGCCGCGCCACCGCAACUGUGCGGGCGGUGCCCCCCUGCCUCCGGCCGCCAGGCGCCCCUGCAAGCCGGCGCACGCCGCCCACUCCGCACACCGGCGCUCGGCCGGCAGGCAGGCAGCAGCAAGCCAUCAACCAUCCUUGUCGAUUUGAGGAGGACCACCCUGUUUCCAAAUCCUAGAUCUGCCACUGUCCUCACCUGACCUGCUAGCCGAGCCGGCUACGACUUCCUCCCUCUUCUCCACCACUCGACCCAGCAUAGCAGCAAGGAAGCGGACAGGAGGAUGAUGGGAAGCAACAACCCCGGCGGCGCAGGAGGAGGGAUGGCUCCGGGCAUGGGGGCGGGCGGCAGCGAUGGGCGGCAUGAUGAUGAGGCUGUACUCACCGAGUUCCUCUCCUCCCUCAUGGACUACAACCCCAUGAUUCCGGACGAGCUCGUGGAGCACUACCUUGGCCGCAGCGGCUUCCACUGCCCCGACCUACGCCUUACAAGGCUGGUUGCUGUAGCUACUCAAAAGUUCAUUUCAGACGUUGCAAGUGACUCCCUUCAGCAUUGCAAAGCGAGGGUUGCAGCACCUAUCAAAGACAACAAGAGCAAACAACCGAAGGAUAGGCGUCUUGUAUUGACAAUGGAUGAUCUUUCAAAAGCCCUGCGCGAGCAUGGUGUUAACCUGAAACACCCAGAGUAUUUUGCGGACAGCCCGUCAGCAGGGAUGGGCCAUUCAACAAGAGAGGAGUAGAAUCAAUCUCUUCUUCAACAAGAGACGGCUAGAAUCCAUUGAUUCUAGCCCAUACCAAGCGAACGGUCAUGUCCGCAUCCUUCCAACUUUAUGCAACAUUGUAGCAACAUCCUUCCAACUUUAUGUAACGUUGUAGUAAAACAAAACAUUAUAAGCAUGUGCGCAAUAGCUGUUCUUUAUGUAUUAUGGACUAGUAGUAUGUGGUUGCCACCAUAUUCCGAUGCUUAUGUAUAGUAUUGCUGAUUAAGUUCUCCCCGUUACCCCUA